UUGUUGUCUUGUAAUCGGAGGCGUGCAGCGUGUUGGUUCACAAUUGGCUGCCAUUGCCUCCUUUAUCACCAUCUAAUAUUGAGUAGCUUGUUCCUUCGUCUUCAGUCUGUCCACCUCCUCGAGACUGCAGCCGUCCGUCUGUCCGCUUUCCUACUCAGGCUUGUUGUCCAUUAUGUGUCAUCUACAGCUGAGGACACUGGUUUUUCUUGCGUGGCUGCUAGGUUACGUCGCCUUUCUGCUCUCCAUCAGGAAGAUGUGGACCGGGAAAUACGUCCGUAGUCCUCUCGCGCGUUCGCUGUUUAUGAACAUGGCGAGCGGCGAGAACGACGCGGCGGCGAUUGAGACGCAAGAGUGGUACCGGUGCGGACCCGACCUGUUGGGAGAAUCGGUGCGACCCCUCUUUGUCCAGAGCCACCUGGACUCGGCCACCAGGGCUUUCCUCAAGGAGAGCAUGGAGAAGUCCGGCUGGCUGAUCACGCAGCUCUAUCACUCCUUCGUGUCGACGGUCCUCGGCCCGCUGGUCUCGCGCACCUCCAUCAACGGGUUUCUUGGUCGGGGCUCCAUGUUUGUGUUUUCCGCCGAGCAGUUCCAGCGGCUGCUCCGGAUCGAGCCGGAGUGGAGGGCCGAGAGGCUCCUUGACCUCGGAGCCGGGGACGGGGGUGUCACGGAGUUGAUGGGUGCCCAUUUCAGAGAGGUCUACGCUACCGAGGUGUCGCCGCCCAUGAAAUGGCAUCUCCAGAGGAGGAAUUACAAACUGCUGGGCAUCGACGAGUGGCAGCAGGCUGGGUUCCAGUUCGAUGUGAUCAGCUGUCUGAACCUGCUGGACCGCUGCGACGAUCCUCUGCAUCUCCUGCGGGACAUCCGGCGGUCGCUGGUCCCCGACACGGGGAGACUCAUCCUGGCGGCCGUGCUUCCCUUCCAGCCCUACGUGGAAGUCGGAGGGAGAUGGCAGCGUCCCAAAGAACACAUUAAACUAAAAGGAAAAACGUGGGAGGAGCAAGUGACCAACAUGUCCAACGAGGUAUUCCGGAGGGCGGGCUUCGAGGUGGAGGCCGUGACCCGGUUGCCAUACCUCUGCGAGGGGGACAUGUACAACGAUUACUACAUCCUCGACGACGCGGUUUUUGUUCUCAAGGCCUCGGAGGAGACGUCGGAGUCUGCCUGAAAAACCAAAAUGCAACGUGGAACUGUGGGAGGCGACCGCACCUGGUCGCUCCUGGAUGGAUUUAGUGCAAUUUCUUCCGUACGCUUCAUUCAUAAAACACAGUAUUUCUGACGAUAGGCAGCUGUGAAGCUCAGGUACUGUCGAUCCUACAUUUACCAGCCAUCUUGUGUGACAGCGAUACCGCCACUUUUAACCUGAACGGAAGUUUUCCUGUAUUAAAAUGCAGCUGAGGAUCGAUUCCUCUAAGACACGUCACUCUGCUGUUGGUGUUCAGUUAUCAAUGCAGAGUGUGAACCGUUGUUUAACCCUGGAUGAAUAUCUCAGUUUGUGAUGACACGGAUCAGUGUAUGCACACACUUGAUUGAAUUGGACUUUUUGUAUUUUAAUGCAAUUUUUAAAUCUGGAUUUUGGGGGAGGUAUUUUUUCUAACUUGUACUGCUAUUCGUGAUGACAUAACAUAAUGAAAAUGUUAUGAGGCCUUUUUAAAGCGAGCCUAUGUAAUGUAUUAAUUUACCACUAGGGGGCAGCGCAACGAGUUGAAAAUACUAUAAUCGGGCAACAGUUGUCAAUUUACACAUACAAGAGCAACAUUAGCAUUUACUGGAGUUCUGUUUCUUGCCACCUGGUCAACCACCAGCACUCGAGAAAACAAUAUCUAGCUCUUUCUGCACUUUGAAGAACAUGUAUAUGCUGUAAAGCAUACAGUUAGAAACAACAAUACUACAGUUCAGCAUUUUGUUUGCAGGCCUUGCUGUCAUACUGCAAUGAAUUCUGCCUUGAUGAAUAGUUUAAUUACAGUAUUGACACUAGAAAUAACAGUAAAACGUUUACUGUAAUCAAACGGGGAAUUUCUUUUUAAGUGAUUUCUCAUGUUAUGGCGGCAGUGCUGCUGGGACGGGGCCUUUUUGUAACCCCUCCUUUACUUAUUUAAACUGAAUCUUUAACAGAAAAGUUAUACAGACUUGUAAAUUACACUAACAAAUGAACGCUGCUACUACUAAACAACGUAUUGUUAACUGCUUUUUGUUUUUUGACUAGCUCGUCCAAAAAAAAGAGAAGAUUGCUGUCAGUGACACAACAGUGUAGCUACAGUUUACCAACAGCCACUACAAGCUAUCGGUAGCAGCACCCUGAGUGCAUUGAAUUAAGCAAGGGUGUGGUUUUUUCUUUCUUUCUCUUUUACUUUUGAAUAAGAUUUUUCAUUUGUGAGAGGAAGAUAUACAGUCUUCCAUGGUUAAAUAAUGUCCCACAAUUAAUGCAAUAUAUGUAUUGAAAGAGUAUCAUAUGUCCCAGAAUUAAAAUAAUACAUUAAUUUCA